UUGACAGAUUGAUAUGCCGGCUUAUUACAGAAAUUUACUAAACUUAGUAUUAUAAUAAUAAAAGAAAAAGUGACAUAUUAAUUAUAUAAAAAUAUUUUCUCAAAGAAAGUAUAAACUACAGCAUAAUUAAGAUGGCUUCACAAAGAACAUCCAGUGGUUAUAACAAUCCAGCUUAUUGUAGUCAAUAUGAUUACGAUCAACUUACGAGACAUCCUUCGCCAGGUAUAGUGAAUCAUGGAAACCAGACAUACAUAGCGUCCACUGCAAUAGACAACUACUCUUACGCAGAAGACGAAGAAAUAGAACUCACCAGUACCUUCGUCAGGGAACAAACAAGGAAACCGGUGAGAGAACCCCCCAUUGGAGCGUCCACAACAUUCAAAAUAACAGAAACAGGUGCCGAUAACGUAUCUGCAAGCAUACGAGUAACAGCGACACCCGUGUCACCGAAACGAAAUCCUCCAAAUGGAACAAAGAUUGCUUCUCCUAGAAGCGGCCAUCAAAUUGAGACAAAAAUGACACCACCGCAUACUCCUAAGAAGGAUGCGUCCGUCAUUGUGACAUCAAAUCCAAGGAAAUCGCGUGCGUCAGAAUCUCCACGUCAAGCGGUGACAGUUUCGCCAAGAAGACAGCAAAUGUAUGUACAGGACACAGCAACAGUACCUCCAAGGAAAGCAAUGUUGCCAGCAUCGGCUGCAAGACCAUCAGUUCGUGCUGUGAAGUAUGUGCUAACCUCCCGGGCCUCAACACUGCCUCAUCACAACACGGCAGUCAUAUCCCCCAUGUACACCUCUGCAACCAGUGCCAGAAUCUCGGGCCCUCAGAAGCAGGAGCCCUUCUUGGCGACCGGUUUGGUGUGCAGGAAGUCUCCGACAGGGGUCGACACAUCGCCUGGGCUGAAAGCGUCCUGGAUUCACAUGCCGACGCCUUAUCAGACGCCUCCAACAGGGACAAUAGUAACAGCAGGAGCUACCCUGCUCCUGUGUGGGGCUAUUACUAUUGUGCUCAGCCUGUACAUGAUGUCCAAGGCUGGCAGACGUUACUACCUGGACUUCGGAGUGCUGUCUGGGUUUGGAUCUGUUCUGCUGGGUUGCCUAGGGUUCAGAUCAAGGAGAUGGCUAUGGCUUCCAAACAGAAACUACGUGUCAGGUUACAUCAUACUAAGCAUGUUUAGCUUGCUGACGUGCGCAGGCUUGAUCUCAAUAUUAACAUUGCAACCCAAACCAGGAGAGCCACUGGCAGAUUUAGCAGGUGGCGCUGUAUGUGGGAUUGCAGUACUGUCGCUUAUCCUCGCAGCAUUCGGAGUAUUGUCAUCACGCUGCUGCAAGUACCCACCUCCUGACAACAGAGUGGAGCACUGUGCCGAGGGCUUCACUCUCUGAAACAACAUAUGAAAUCGAGAAGGAUGCGAUAGUCGAUAUUCCCAACCUCGCGAUAAAUAAUUGUUUUGUGCAAUUAAGAAACGUUUAGUGGGAAGCUUAUAUAUUUUAAUUUUCGUUUUACUGAGAGGAACACGUUAGGAGGUCUCACAAACUGUAAAGUCUUCGUUCUUUAGGAAACUGUUAAACAACAGUCGAUUCACAAGAAUCUCGAAUAUUUGUAAUAUUUAGCGAAAUUUUAGUCAGUCAAAUGUAACCAACAAUGAAAAUAUUAUCGCGUGUAUGAGUGAUCAUAGACGGGAUUUGGAUUGGUAAUGUGAUUUAUUGCACACUUACAGACCAUAACUACAAUAACUAUAAUCUACACACUCUACAAAUCACUAGAACACACGAUAAAUCUUCUCAAUCUAGCCGUUUCCUGGUAACAAAUCCUAACAAUGUUCUCUGUUUACGUCCUUACUAGCUGGCGAAUAUCCCACAACUAACUCCCAGGCUGGUGGCCAUCUCACACCAACUUCCUGCCCUUCUUAUUACCUACAAAUCAACUAAUUGCAGCUCCCAACUUGUCCCGCUUAUAACAUCUCAGCACGGUCCGCACAGAAAACACUGUUCCUCAUUGUUGUAGUUCAACUGUUUCCGUGGGAAAGUGUUAGUUUUUCUCGCGGUCGUUGCCCAGCAACUGGUCUACAUGCUACAAUAAUUAUUUGGGCAUUCUUCUAGUUCUAAUACAAUUUUAUCAAACAUCCCACUCUACUUGACUGAGACGUGUGGUGGUUGGCACGAAACGUGUUCCAUUUGGAUCUA